UACUACUUCCGUAGGUUUCCAGCGGGCAACGCAUCCGUCUUUCGCGUCUCCCGAUAGCAAAAUCUUAAUUCUGCUCUGUGCUGUUUCGGCAUCGCCCUCCGCCGCGGCAAUCUAACCAAAUUAGGGCUCCCAUCCGAUCGAGUGUAACGCACACCUCUUUACCAUCCCGUCUCUUCUCCGACCAUCGCCCACGGUAAGCUUCGUCCGCUCCUCUCUCUCUCUUCCUUCCACUUUCCCUAUCAUUUCCCUCUUCUCUCUCCUUUCUUUCUCUCUUGCAGGUUCUCCCUGGCGUCGCCGUCCCAUGAGGACCGGAUUCUCCUCAAAGCACUCCAAAAAGAAUUCCGACGAGGAACGGAGCAAAAAGAAAAAGAUGAGAUCUACUAAGCGCCGCCGCCAUGACUCAUCAUCGCCCUCUUAUUCCUCCGGCUCAGAGAUCGAUGCUCGCUCUCGGAAGAAGAGAAACCAGCGGGAAUCCAAAAAGCCGGAGAAGAUGAGGAAGGAAUCCAACAAGCCCGUAAAAAAGAAGAGUCGCAAGACCCGCUAUCGCAGGGAUGCCAGCGUGAGUUCGUCGAGCAGUUAUGCGAGCCGGAGUUGCUCUACUUGUCGGGGCCGGAGCAGCUCCUCCGGGGGAAGUGAGAGCGACUCUGGGAGGUCGAUGAGCCGCGCCCGUGGUAAUAAAAAGGUGAAAUUGAGGGAGAGGAUUAGGUCGAGGAGCCCGCCUCCUGCUGAUAGGAAGGCAAAAUUGAGGGGGAGGAGCAGGUCGAGCAGUCCUCCGGCCCGUGCUGAUAGGAAGGUGAAAUCGAGGGACAGAAGCAGGUCAAAGGGAAUGGAGAUGGGGAGAAGUCGGAGGAGUUUGAGGAGGAUGAGGUCCAAACGGGAUGGUGGUGGGUAUCUAGCUCGGAGCUGCUCGUCUUGUGAGGGGAGGAGUCGUAGCAGCCGGAGCUACAGUCGGAGUCUGAGUUAUAGUGAGGGGAAAGGCAAAGAGGUGGAUCAGCCAAAACGGCUUAAAUCAGCACUUGUGGUAACCAAAGAAUCAGAGGAGAUGGAAACACUUGGUAGCAGGAGUUACAGUGAGAGUCAUAGUCAUAUUGAGGGGAAAGUUAAAGAGGUGGAUCAGCCAAGACGGCUUAAAUCAGCAUUUGUGUUAACCAAAGAAUCAGAGGAGAUGGAAGGACUUCGUGGUAGGGAUAAGAUCAUUCAGGGUUAUGAUGAUUUGGGGAGGAGUUUUGAUGCUUAUGAGCAAGCCUUAGAUGAUAGGCAGGUAGAGUUAGGUGGGGAAAAGCAUUCUACCGGUACUUGGGUUGAGGAUACUGCUUAUGUUAAGGGAGAUAAGUAUGUUUUGACCCAGCUGAUUACAGAGCCUGCCAAGAAUGCUGAUUUUGGCAAUUAUGAUUCCACUAGGAAGAACAGUAGGGAUGCAGUGAAUGCUGGUAGUUCAGAGCCAGAGGAUUUGGAAAUGCUGUUGAGACAGAAAGCAUUAGAGAACUUCAGAAAGUUCCGAGGUGGGUUCUUGGCACAAAAAGGCACAAGUGGCAAUCAGAAAGAUGAGUCCAUUCAGAAUGAACCCUGCACGAAUGCUGGUAGAUUUGUCGAGGCAAAAGACACUAUUGUUUCAUCAAAUUGCAAGUCCACCAGUUCUCUUGAAUGCCAAGGAAGCGGACAAGGGGGAAUUCCUAUGACUCAACCCAGAAUUAGAUCUAUCGUGAGUAUUCCAACAGAAAAUGGUGAUGGAAAUUCUAUCAUUUGUUGUCAAAAUUCUAGUGAGAGUUCAAGACCAGCUGUUGACCCUAUCGUUGCUAGUGCUGCUGAUGGCCAAACUGCUCCAAAUCAUUUAAAGAGGAAAGAAGAGCCUUUGGACAAAGUCUCAUCAGGGAAAACCCUGUCGGCCAAAGAUAUCCAGAAUGAGAAUGCAGUUGCUGAACCUGGAAGUAGUGCCACUAUUGGGGAUGAAUUGAAAAUAGCGGAUGGGUCAGCCUCAGGGGCUUCUGCUUGCCUUAAUGUGAAAAAUGGAAAUAAACUUGCAGAGAAGAGUACUACUGGGUCUCAUUUUGAGCAAAAAACAUUUUCUAGAAUGCAUGACGGGGAAAUGGUGCAGGUGAGCUACAAGGUUUACAUUCCAAAGAAAAGCCCAGCCUUGGCAAGAAGGCAACUGCAGCGGUGAAGGAUGUGCAGUAAUGUUAAGUCUUCAUGCGCUUCUCUUUUGAGAAUUGCUCUGGGUGGUAUCACAUCCACUGGCCAAGGUGAUUUUCGGGAAAGGUAGUUAAGAGGUUCUCUCAUGGACUCCAUGUUUCAAGCCAUAAUUUAGAAUUGAAAUCCAAGAAAUUAAUACUCAAGAACACAGCCACUUAAACCGGAAGAGUCCCAUGAAAAUGCAUUGUAUAUGGGAUCUCAAAUAGAUGGAUGGCUUAUGCUAUCUUCAUUAAUAGUUUUCCUCCAUUAUCAUUAAUGAGGCUUUUUGAAAGACUACUAGGGUCCGUUUGGUUGGAGAUAAUUUAGCAUGGAAAAAUGAAUCCCACGUUAGAUUACCAUGUUUGGUAUAAAAGGUAGAAGAGAGAGAUGGUAAAAAAAAUUAAUGGGCUCCAUAUUUAUUUUUUGAAGAGAGAAGGUAAAAUAAAUACCAUGGGGGGUUGAUAUUUGGUAGAUUUUCGAGUUGUGGUAAUCCAUGCUUGUCAAAAAUACUUGCAAUAAAGCUGCAUAUGUAAUCAUUAAAUUUAUUCUAAUGUCUUUCCAAAUGCAUCCAAUAAAGAGUUUUGCAAAAAAAUUAAGAUGGAGAUGGCAUUAUGUGAAGGGCUCUGUGAUUAUAGUCAUUAUAUAAAAACUAAUCGGACGUGACAAUGUUAUCUUAGUAUUAAAAAAUUAUUUUAUGUUCAAGGAUAUAUUUGUAAAUUUGGCCAUGUUCGUAUAUAUAUUUACCUCCAACCAAACGUAGUAAUCUUUUUUUAGUGUCAUUUUUUGGAGUAAUUUUUCCACCAACCAAACAUAAUAAAAGUUAUUUUCCUCCACAAUCAUUUUUUCAGAUAAAUGAUUCCCAAAAAUUAUCAGAUUACCUCAUAAUCCAACAUACCUCAACCAAACAGGCCCUUAGGGUUAUUGGGGAUCCAAAAUAGGUGGUGCAUAUUGCAUUUUAUUUUUUUUAAC